AUGGUCAACGACUUGACAACGAAUGAUGCAGAGACAAUAGCCAUCAAAUUCGGAGGCAGUACCACCACUACGAAAGAUUCCUUGCAUUGUCUAAACCAUGAAAAUAUCGAAUGGAUGGCUCAACAAGUAUCGGAGCUUUAUCACAACAAGGUUCACACAAAAUUGAUUGUUGUUCAUGGUGCUGGAAGCUUUGGCCAUUUUGAAUACGCAGAAGUGAAACGCAUUCUUCAAUCAGAGGAAUAUAAAAAUUCAGAAAACAAUCUCAAUUCAGAACUGAUCCAUAGACUCCAAAUGAAAAUUGCAGAAACACGAUUCUAUGUUCAACAAUUAAAUAAGGAAAUUGUUCAUCGAUUAAUAUUGAACAAGAUUCCUGCCAUCAGCAUUUCACCAUUCGAUUGUGGCGGAUUUGUUCAAGGUAGUGAAGCAACCAAACGAAUUGAAAAUUUAGUGGAAUUGGGAUAUGUUCCAGUGAUUCAUGGAGACUUGCAACUUAACUCCAUGGAGCCACGUAAUUUUUCGGUAAUAUCAGGCGAUACCAUUAUGGAUGAAUUAUCUCGUUUAGGAUUGUCGAAUAGGUCAAUAUUUGUGACUGAUGUUUUUGGUGUCUAUUUGAAUUGUCCUUCAAAAGAGUCACAAUUAGAUGAGAUUUCAGCUACUAGAGGUCUCAUUAAAAGAAUUAGACUAUUGACGAACAAUGAGCCAAUUUGCAAGUAUGAAUUGGAUAUGUAUGAAAAUUCAUGUACAGAAUCAGAAAUUUCAACAGAGCUUAAACAUCAACAUGAUGUCACUGGAGGUUUUGAAAAAAAGCUCUCAUCUGCGUUUUCAAUUGCAAGAAGAGGUCAUCAGGUCUAUAUUGUGAAAGCAGGAACAAAUUACCUAGAAGCAGCAGUAACCAAGAAGCAUGAGGUCUGUGGAAGAUCGACCUCAUCAAAAUUUUUAGGUACCAUCAUUUCAUCAACUAUGUAA